ACAGAGCUGCAUAAUUCGAGAACAUGCCGAUGACUCAUGAAUACAAAAAUGCAUGGACAUGCAGAAUACGAGCAAACCGACUGAAACAUGUUGAUACUGUCACUUUGUGUUGUAUUCGAUAAGUAUCUUCAAAGGACCAUUUUGAACAUUCAAGCGUCCGGAGCACUUCUGAGGCCCAUCAACUCAAAAGGACUCUGGAGAUGGCAGGCACAAUCCGCAAAUGACAUGAAGGGAAGACUGGAAAUGGAAUAAAUCUGAUUAAGAAUGGAAUGAUGCAAGGAAUGCACAGAACAAAUCCAUGUAUAUCAUGCGCAAAGGUUUUGAUCAGUAUUUAAGCAAACUCGAGUCAUGCCUGGUAGCUGAUUUGUGGUGGUUCUCAGUGUGCCUCUCAAACAGACCUGACGGAAGAUCCAUUCCCAUAGACACGUCUUAGCGAUCGGACGUUUGUUGUUUGACGUGCAUCCUUUUGCAGCUGUUUACAGUCCAGCUGGUGUAGAACUUUGGCUUUUCUCAUCCUGACAGUGAUCUCUUCGCCACAUGAGCGAAGGUUCAAUACAAUGGGAGAAUGUCUCAAAUAUUUCAGUUGCGUAUCCACUGGAGCCCAGUGAUCUGGAAUUGGGAAGUGUGCAACUGCACUGGACUGAAAGGAUAAAGCAUCAGAUUUUGCUUUUACGACUACAGAGGCCUUACUUCAUCUAUUGCCUCAUGUGCUCCUUCAUUGCUGCAACUGCAUUUCUGUCAACAUUGAUCGACUUGUGCUUUGGCAGUGAAAAAGGCUGGCAUGAUAUUCUCGAAGGUGGGACGUGGCAAAGUGCAUGCUGGUCAGCCGUCAGUCUGGCGUUGUUUGCAGAGGUGCUCUCAAAUUUGUUCAUCAAUUGGCCAGUGAAGAGCUUUUCCCAAGACUGGUGGCUGAUUUUUGAUGUGACCCUGCUAGUACUAACAGUAUUUGCUUGGGCGCUGUCACACUGGAGGAGAGCGACAAUCAUGCGUGAGGAAGCAGAGGAGGCAGAUCUUUGGCUCAUUUUCCUGCGCUUUGCUUUACAACCCUGUCGAGUCUUUGCAUCUGCCGCGAAUGCGCGGAAAGUGCAGCAAAUGCAGAAGGGUUGUGUGGACAUCAAAUUCGACGGGCUCGGUCGCUGCAGCAACAGUUCCCUAAGUGGACAGGCUAACCGGAGCGAGUAGCGUCACCCGAGGCAAAAAGAA